AUUAAAUUUUAUAGCAUAAGAUAAAAGAACUAAAUAAAUUACACUGAAAAUAAUCAUCCAAAACUCUUAAAAAGAUAAGUUCGAAAAAAAAAAAGGAAAAAGAAAGAAAAGAUCUAUUUUAUGUUUUGUAGAAAAGAACAUUGGUCGUAAAGUGGGUCAAUGUUUUCCAUCUAACGGCUCGCAAUAUUCCACGCUGUCCAAUAUUCAUCCCAGCUGUUCACCAUCAUUCUAUUCUCCUAUUGGUUAGUCCGCUAUAAAGAAAGAAAGCCCAAGGGUAAGUUAUUCCCAGAGAUACCCUCAAAAGUGAACCAACUUUACUUACUUGGCCGUCUCUUUUCCAACCAAAUCAUGUCCAUUUUCGUAAAACAAUCCCCACACCAACGAUCCAGCACGACCGGUUCCACCCGUACGACCAUCCAAUCACUUACGUGGCGAAAAUUCAUUGGAGGAUCCCUGAUUUUUGAUAUUUAAGAUGAAGAGAUAUUUAGCGGAUCAAAAAUAUCUGGCUAAGUCGUCCACGUUGGCAGACCGAUCUGGAACCAAAAUUUGCACUUUUUCCUUUUUCAAUUUCCUUUCUUUUCCCUCAGAAAGAAAAUUUCCAUUUCUUUUUUCUUUCCUCCCAAACAGCCGCCCGAUUUUCACGCAAAUAUCUGAAAAUCAUUUUAGAUUUUACUCUUUUCUUUCCGAUCCAAGCAACAAUAAUUUGAAAAUUCGUUAAUUUGAAGGCAAAAAACAUGGGAGAAGAAGUGAAGAUGAGUGAAUUCGAAGUUAACGGCGGAGACGACGAAGACGCUACCGCGACGGCCAACACCACCGUCGUUGACGAUGAAGAUGAUGUUGACCAAAGAGUUCUCGAAUGGGAAAGAGGGUUACCUGACUGCGAUGAUUUAACUCCGUUAUCUCAAUCUUUAAUCCCGCCGGAACUCGCCUCCGCUUUCAGCAUCUCGCCGGAGCCUCGUCGGACUGCUCACGAUGUCAACCGCGCUUCUCAGGAUACCCUCUCCUCCCUCCGGUCAAGUGGAGCCCACUUCUUCACCGCAAAUAACAAUAACAACAAUAAUAACAAUCUCCGUUCUUUUAAUGACCCGAUGGUAGUUGAGGCGGAAGUUGACGGAUCGGGUUCGGGUUCCGGAUCCGAACCAAAGAAGAUGAGAAAGACGGAUAUCGGUAUCGCGGAGGAAGCGGAUUCGGCAGUUAGGACAACGGAGAAUUCGGAGGAUCCAUCAGCGAGGACAUUGAAACGGCCGCGUUUAGUGUGGACGCCACAACUGCAUAAGAGAUUCGUAGACGUGGUGGCCCAUUUAGGCAUAAAAAACGCUGUUCCCAAAACGAUCAUGCAGCUAAUGAAUGUAGAAGGCUUGACCCGCGAGAACGUCGCCAGUCAUUUGCAGAAAUACAGGCUUUACUUGAAGAGAAUGCAAGGGUUAAGCAACGAAGGACCAACGGCUUCCGAUCAGCUGUUUGCAUCAACGCCGGUCCCACAAAGUCUUCAUGAGAGUGGAAGCGUCGGCUGCGGAGGAGGGAGUGGUGUUGUUGGUGGUAGUGCGAAUGGCAAUGGGCAUGUGGGGAUGCCUAUACCGAUGCCUUAUGGGGCACCUUUGGUGCCUGUAGCGAUGCCGAUGUAUGGAGAUAUGGGUAUGCAUCAAGGAGGAUAUCGUCACCCGCAGAAUGGGUAUGAGGCAAAUUCGUACGGGAUGCAGCCCAGAGAUUGGUCUGGUGGGAAUAAAUAUGGAUCGGUCAUGUCGUAUCCCAAUCAUAUGGCUCCCAAUGAUAAGUUAAAUUAGCUCGAUAUUUGUACAAAGGUCGGUUCUUUUCUUUCUUUUAUUCACUUUUAGAAUAUGAUUUUUCAGCUUUAUUGACUGGUUGAAUAUUAGUUAUAAACUUAAAAGUGUACCAUGAUAACUUGCUUGAAAUUUUGGUUCUUACAAGUAAUCUUAAGAUAUUCUGUGCUAUACAA